GUGAAGUGCUUGAAGCAAAUGUGUUGAAAAAUGAAUAUGUAUUUUAUGCAGUUUGUUAUAUUGCUGAUAACCCUGCAACUACUUAGUACGCGUUGUUCGGAGCAAUCUUUAGACGUAAAUACUUUACACUCAUCCGACUCUGAAUUGGAUGCUUGGCAGCUGUACAGAUUGAUCGACGAAUAUGAACAAAGUAUUCAGGAGAACGAAAAAAAAUUAUUAGAGCUGGAAAAUGAAAUAGAAACUCAAUUAGCCAGUGUUGACUUCAACGAUUUGGUAGAUUUCAGAACUGAGCUUGCAGAUACACAUAAUCAGGUGACACGCAUAGCGGAAUUAGAGUUCAAAGUGAACGAGCAAGAAUCACGACUUGAAAGACAGGAAUAUGUUCUAAACAAGUACAGAGAGGAACAUGAGCAUCUGCCCAGCCAGUGUUCACUUUAUGCUGGCAUAUUGGAAAAUAUUCAACUCAUAAAAGUGGGAAGCAUAGAACCCAUAUUGGUGCAUUGUAAGGUUGAAAACAUUGGACACGGUUCUCCAUUUAUGGUUAUACAGAGGCGUUUGGAUGGAACAGUAAAUUUUAAUCGCAGCUGGACAGAGUACAAAGAGGGCUUUGGAGAUGCCAAUAGCGAGUUCUUUAUUGGCCUCAACAUGAUUCACCAAAUAACAACCCAACAGAGGCAUGAACUACUCAUUAUUCUAACAGAUUUCAACAAUGAGAAUCGAUUUGCUAGUUACGAUAGUUUUGUUAUUGGCAGUGAAGAUGAGAGCUAUGCAUUAAAAGAGCUGGGUAGUUAUUUUGGAAAUGCGGGCGACGCAUUAAUAUAUAAUAAGCUCAUGAAGUUUUCAACCUAUGACAGAGACAAUGACAAACACCCAAGAAAUUGCGCGAUUAAUUUUCAAGCUUGGUGGCAUAAAUCUUGCACCUACAGCAAUCUGAAUGGCAUAUACCCUAGACCAAGUGUUCGGCAAGGUUUAGGCAUCUUUUGGAUAUCCUGGGCUGGUCAAUUCCAUCCUUUAAGGACAGUACAAAUGAUGAUUCGACCGAAAUUAAUAUAAUUCCUGCUUUAAUAAAAACUUAAUUAUUUGGCGUCUUCAGAACAAUUAAUGUUACCUUUGUUACUUCUUGUAUUUCUAUAUAAAAUCCACAUAUAAAAUUUACAAUUCGACAAGUAUUAAAUAGUUUUUGAAUGUUGUCAAAGUUUCAAAGUAA